AUCAACACCUACCAUUGUCUCUGUUGAAGUCGAAAGGAAUACAAGUAAGGAAAUCGAACUAGAAGACCAUGGCGUAUCAAUGUUUAUUCCUCCGGAGGCUGUUCAUCAGAAUGACCCUAGCAAGAUCACCCUGACCCUCCUAAGGGACCCUCCCAGUGUUGACAUCCAAGAUGGUGAAUCAGUGGCCUGCUACGGGAUCAGAUGUGAUCCUCCAAACAUGAUCUUCCACCAACCUGUUAAGAUCAGGAUACCACACUCUACCUUGGCCAUCAACCCUGAUCAAGUGAAACCAGACAUUGUUUCCCAUGUAUGGGAUUCAGUAAACGAUCUACCAAGAACAUCAAGAAUGAGAUCAUCCAGCUCACCAGACGAACCACCAUACUGCAGAUUGUAUGAGAGACAUCUUGAGCUGUACAUUGGAAAAUGUGCUGAGUGGUGGGUUCUUAUUCCUCUUGAACAGCAGUUGAUCCGACACCAACUUAUGUGUACUCCAUACAUCCCAGAAACCUUAGAAAGAGGCAAAGAGAUUGAAGUUCAUCUGCAUGUGCAUGCCGAUGUUCCUGGCAUGGAUGCGGAAGUUCGACAAGAUGAGAAGCAUCAGGCGUACCGCAAGGCCCAUCGUUCGGUCCCAUUUAGCACCAUAUCUCAUGCAGGUGACGUUACAGUGGCACGUGAUUGUGACGGGAAGAUGGCAGAAACUAAGCUGCUCUCUCUAAAGAAAAUUCACAACCGAAUGAGACACAAUGUAGUCUUCAAUGUGCCCCCAAGUGAGGACGAUGUUCCAAUUGACGUGAUAACCAUCACCCUUACACAGUCUGGGAAGCUAGGGAUGUCUCGAUCAAUGGCAUUCGUCAUUAGAUACGAAGAUCAAAUCAAGAGUCCUGAGUUUACUCCAGUUAUCCGAGAAAUCGAAGGAACUUCUCGAAAUGAUCUCCCUGAUAAAGAUGUCCAGAAAAUCGCUGAAAAGCUUUCGAUAGACGACUUUUAUGACCUGGGAGUUGCACUAGGUUUCCAAAUACAACAACUGGAUGCAAUAGAGUAUAAGAGGCUCAAAGACAGACAAGAGGCCAUCUGCGAAAUGUUGAUAACAUGGAAACAGAGACAACUACCCCAUCAAAAUGUGAAGGAAGUGCUUCUUUCAAUCCUGAAGUCUUUAGAAACAGAGGCAGAAAAUACGAAAAUGACAGACGAAAGCUUGCCUCCGAGCUCGUCGGCGACUCCUGAGAUAAGAGCCACAUCAAUCGAGCCUAUAGAGCCUGAAUAUAUGGAUAUCAUUACAACAUCAGAAACAGAGCGGGAUGAAAUUAAUGACGACCUUGACCAAUGUGGGGGAACGCCAAGCACGGAAGAGCUUUGCAGCGUCGCUCUACCAGUGACAAGUCUGCCAUUAGCAUGUUCACUUGGAAAAGCCCUUCGUUUAAAUGAUGACCUCAUUGUUGGAUUUAUCGAUCUACCCAGUUCGUCAGUACUCCAGAAGAUCGCACGACAGCUCGUAGACAGUUGGUGGAAUGGUUUGAAAGAGGAUGAAAAAGGAAAUAAGUUUGCUACGCUUCUCUCGGAGUUUAACAUCUCAGAUGUCAAAACAGUUUCCAUAGGCUGUGAAGAAAUCUCAAAAACCAUUGGUUCCAAGACCAAACUACUGGACUUGUGCCAUCGCCUGAGUGUUAAACCUUCUGACAUCUUGCUCAUAAUGAGCACAUUUCUGAUCUUCCCGCCUCACAUGAUUGGCCGUAGUGCUCUGAAGAUGCUUAAAGAGUGGGUACAUCACGGUGGGACUAGGAAGCGGCUUCUGGAAGUUGCUCAGGCUUUCCGCUUCAACGAAGCAGCAGUCAAGAUAGCAGAAUCAAUGACAUUCCAAGCAAGCUAUAAACCUUUCUUCUCGCAUGGCAUCAUUGGUCACAAGGGUGGAGAACUGACCCUUGAUGAACUUGGAAUUGCCGUUUCUAUCCCCGAAGGAGCUCUGCCAAAAGGGAUGAGAUCAGUUGUAACUCUUAGCGUCCCAACUCACGAUACUCCUAGGCUUCCCGUACGGGAGGGUGAGGUAGUCAUUACUCCAGUCAUAGAGGGUUCUCUGACACAAGAACUGCUCAAGCCUGCUACGGUGGUACUACCACACUGCACCACUCAAAAUGAACGUAAAGACGACUCUUCUGUUAUCUUGUACACAAGGACAGGACCAGGAACGUUCGGUCGUAGGAACAUGAAUCCAUCACAAAUCUCAAAAGAUACGAUCACGUUUCGUACAAGUCAUCUUCAAGUCUGGGCUCUGUCAUCGACCGAUCUUCAAGGACUCCAGUUGAAAUGUGUAGUCUUCCAGCCUCUCUUCAUGACUCCUGCAGAGAAACCAACUCUACGUGCGUACAUACUUCAUCCGUACAGGAACUAUGUAGAGGUAUUUAUAUCAUAUGCUUUGCGGGCGCCAUUUGGUACUGUGGUCAUUAAGAGUUUCCGUUCUGACUGCUUAAAUCGAUAA